UCAAUCCGAAAACCGUCAAAUAUCAAAAUAAAUAAACAAUAAAUAAAAUAACGGACAAAAUAUUUAAAAUCAGAGGCAGUUUUCCUUGUUUCAAACGUUUGAAUUUCAUUUCAUCAAUGAAUAUGAAUAAACUUUUUCAAGAUGAACAUGAGAAAUAUUUUUUUGGAUGUAGUUCAUCAGAGGUAUAUUAUACACUUGAAAUAUCUCUUCAAAACUGCGUAAGAGGUUUGAUGGAAGAAUGUAAAAAAGCUUUGAUAGAAGAAAAUGUUUGCAAAAAUAGGGACCUAAUAGAUAAAGAGAUUUCAGAUAUGGAAUCUUUAUAUAUGACUCGAUGUAUGUGUGUUUUAGGUGAUUUCAAGAGUGUAAUCGAAAAUAUUUUUGCUAUACCUGAAAAUGCUUGCAUUUAUCCAAAAUCUAGAAGAAAAAAUUAUUCAAAAGAUGAUAUCGCAGUUUUACGUCAGGAUGUUAUUGAUUUGCAAGAACAAUUUUUAAGGGAGAAGAUGGUUGUAUCACAUUUGAAGAAAGAAAAAGGAAUAUUAGAUAAAAUAAUGCCUACGUUUCAAUCUACCAAAAUGUUACUGGACGAGCUGAACAGUAAUACAAUUUCGAGUAACAAAGAUAUGAUUAAUAAAGUUAAUCAGAAACUCGAGGAUUGUUCAAGAAAAUUAGAUUUUGAGAUUGAAAUUGAUAAAUAUCACGAACUAAAGGAAGAUUUAGGAUUAUAAUAUAUUAUACUUUAUGGCUUAACUAGAGAUAAUAUUGUGUAGAAACUAUAAAUGAUUUAUUAUCUUGUAUGAUUGUAUUCUUCCAUUUUUUUAGUUGAAAAGUCUAUUUUAUAUAUUAAAAUUAUUGAAUCUCUCA